AUGGGAAACUCCAUCAGUCGCAACUCGUAUCUUCUGGCAGGUCCAUGUUCUGCCAGAGAAGUCAUAUGGCACUAUGUUAACGAAACUGUGUUGCCAGAGCAAGCUCAAUGUAUCGAUUACAAUUAUAUACUAGAGAGCCAUUGCUGCAAAGAUUUAACAUGUAGACCGAACAAACGUUUGGAUCAAGAAUUCCACCGGUACAUGUGGGAUGACUGGUGGCACCUGGGAAACCCAUUUGCAGGAAGCGAUCGCAACAUCGAAUGGUCUGGAAUUGGAGGGUGCACCUGGCAUUUUAAGGGCGGGAAUUAUGAUGGAACAGAGCCUGGACUUUAUGUCCUACCUUUCAAGAGGCCCAAACCAUCAUCUUGUUCAGAAGAUUUUUCAGAAGGUUCUUCAGAGUCUUCUUUAGAAGACCCGUGA